AUGUCUGACGCCCCUACAAACUCGACAGUCGAGGUUCCCACCUCCCCUAUUAGCGAGCGACGCGACUCUUUAGCGAGGUCUCUCCAGUGCCGUCCGGAUGCACAGGACCUGAAGAAUAGACAUAUCCUACUUGAUACCAAAGCAGCUCCUUCUCUCCAAGCAGCCCAGCAGGAACUCGCCCGCCAGCAGGCCGCUGAUGCACUGAAGAGAGGCCUGGAGAGGAGAUCUGAUCGUGAUUCUCUCGUUGAACGAAACAUCCUUCCUGCAUCCAGUGCUGCUCCGGCUCUUCAGGGCCCUGCCCGUGAACUCGAAAAGCACAUGCGUGCUGAUUCGCUUGAACACAAGAUCCAGAACCGACCAAAGCCGGAGGACUUGAUCAAGGCUGGAGUUCUAACAGAGGAGGAAAACCCUAUCAAGGUCUAA